AUGAUCAAAUUAGGAACCGUAGCUGAUUAUAAACAUAUUCCACUUGAUAUUUUAACCAAUCCAAGAGAUGAUUGCGAUCAUGUUUGUGGAAGAAUUAACAUUGAACCAACUGGUGUAAAGAACUGUAAGGAUCCUGACAAGAGAAGAAGUCCAAUUUUAAUUAUUAAUGAUCCAGAAAAUUCUGAUGACGAGAAAACGCAAUAUUUUGAUCCACUUGACCGUGAAUGUGCUGAAAAAUGUCCAAAAAACUUUCAAAUUUUCAACAAAACUAAUAUUUGUGUUAAAGAUUUAGUUCAAUUUGAGAAUGAUUUGAUAGCAAUUGGGAUUGUUCCAAGUCCUACAGAAGAUUCAAGUUUAAUAACCACAACUCCUGCAGCUACUGCAGCUACUGUUGAUAUACAAAAUACUAUAACUCCAAAUAAGAGCCCAAAGAAGUCUUUAAAUGUUAAGCUUGUCAUUUUAUGGAGUGUAUUUGGCUGUCUUGUCUUAUCAUCCUUAUAA